GGCAUAGAAUGUUUGAGGCAAGAUGCACCCAAACCAUAUUAGACUGUACAAAUUCUAAAACCCUUCAUAGCCCAGCAGCCAUGACUAGAAAGAAGGUGAAGCUUGCAUUUAUAGUUAGUGAUUCUGCAAGAAAAGCCACCUUCAAGAAAAGGAAGAAGGGCCUAAUGAAGAAGGUGAGUGAGCUAAGCACCCUUUGUGGGAUUGAUGCUUGUGCUAUCAUUUAUAGUCCGUAUGCUUCUCAACCCGAGGUUUGGCCCUCUCCUUUAGGAGUCCAAAGAGUGUUGUCUAAGUUCAAAACCAUGCCAGAAAUGGAGCAAAGUAAGAAAAUGGUGAAUCAAGAGAGUUUCCUUAGGCAAAGGAUCGCAAAAGCCAGCGAACAACUCAGGAAACAGCGGAAGGAAAACCGUGAGAAGGAGGUCACUCAAGCCAUGUUCCUAUGCUUGACUGGAAAAAUUAACUUGGCUAACCUAAACAUGAUUGACUUGAAUGACCUUGGAUGGAUGAUCGACCGUAACCUGAAGGACGUUGAAAAUAGGGUUGAAAGCCUAAACAAAAGGAGUAGGAGUAGUACUGGGGGUGCUAGUCAUACUUCCCAAUUGGCGGCAGUUGCAGCCACUGGGGCAGGACCUACCAAUGCUGGACAGCAAGCACCAGAGUCAUCACAGAAAGCAGACGUGUUGGCUGCUACUAAUCUUGGGGUUAAUGCGGAUUCCAUGCUGAGACAACAAUGGUUCAUGGACAUGGUAACCCCUCAAGAAACUGCAAUGGGGUUUGGCGGGGACGACAAUAUGAUGCUGCCUUUUGGGGAUACCAAUCAUAAUGCUCUAUUCUCUAAUCCGUUUUUCCCCUUGAAUUGAUGGUUAAAAUUAACUUGGUAUCUUAAUUAAUCGUGAAAUAUCUUUUAA